GGACGCGCUUAGGAGGCACCUCCUGUGCCUUUUCAUUCAUCCAGAGACAAAAAGGGAAAAAAAAAGAUGUCUACUUCCGCUCCGACAGGGCGGCAGGGUAAAGGUGGUGGAGAAGACCCCGAGGAGGAGGAGGAGACGGCUCGACCCCAACAAGCCCUGUCGGGUUCGGGCUUCUGCAAAUGGUUCAACGUCCGGAUGGGGUUUGGAUUUAUCUCAAUGACGAGCAGUGAGGGGGGUCCGGUCGAGCCCCCUCUGGAUGUUUUCGUGCACCAAAGCAAACUGCUGAUGGAGGGUUUCCGCAGCCUAAAGGAGGGUGAGCAGGUGGAGUUCACCUACAAGAAGUCCUCCAAGGGCCUGGAGUCCCUGCGGGUCACUGGACCUGGUGGAGGACCCUGUGCAGGCAGCGAGAGGAGACCUAAAGGGAAGGUCCCUCUGCAGAAACGCAAACCGAAGGGAGAUCGCUGUUAUAACUGUGGAGGUCUGGAUCAUCAUGCCAAGGAGUGUGGCCUGCCCCCCCAGCCAAAGAAAUGCCACUACUGCCAGAGCAUCACACACAUGGUGGCUCAGUGCCCCCACAAGGCGCUGACCCCCUCCUCAGGCUCUCAGGACCCAUAUGCGUCUACCUCUGCCUCCGCUUCAGCAACUGGGCCCUACCUCUGCCCCCCAGAGGAGGAGCAGCAGUGCUCUGGCUCAUCGCCCUCCUCCUCUCCCGAGGAGCCCCCCACACACCGGGGCUCAAGGACCCAAAGGUGGAGGAAAUCCUGAAAGCUAACCCGUUGAGGUGAACUUUGACGGCGCAGCCUCUCGCGUUGAUUCUCAAUCAAGGCCACCUGAAGCCCCGCCCCCUCCAGUCCACCCCUCAUCUACCUCACGCCUGGUGGACAAAAAGAAAUUGAGGUUUUUUUACGUCUUUUGAUUUGAAAUGGUUAUUUUUCUAACCGGCGCGGCUAUGGCAACGAUCAGCUGGGUACGAACACGUGUGAAUGUGACUUGCAGUCAUCUGCUGCA